AUGUCAACAGGCUCGCCAUCAUCACCAUCUUCGCCGCAAAAAUCAUCGCCAUCCAAUGAUGGUGAUAAGAAGAGUGUAAAUAAGGAGGAAGAAGCUAUUGGUAUUUGUACAACUACUAAAGAGAGAUUUAAUGUUCCUCUCACUUAUGAUUGCACUGACGUUUUUGUUACUCCUCAAAAGUGGACUGAAUGGCCAGUUAUUAUUGAAUUGCUCCUUAUCUUCUUCUAUAGUGCCACUUAUCUGUUAGGAAUUCUUCCAAAAUGGUUCUUCCUGGUAAAUUAUAUCUUUUGGAGAUUGGCUUAUAACUGUGGUUUAGGAUAUAUUCUUUCAACACAAUCCAACGGAAAACAUUUCACUAAAUUGGUUCAAAAUUUAAUCAAAACUCACAAACCAAUGUUAGAAAGUAACUUGUCACUCAGAGGUAAAAACGGUGUUGUUAAACAUGAAAAGUAUCGUAUUGAUGAUUAUCCUUUGGAUUUUACUGCUUGGAUGGUUUAUCGUGCUGUUGUUGAUGUUAUUUUGAGUAGUGAUUUGGCUGGUUAUAUUGUUUUCUGUGUUGCCUAUUUUGAACUCCCAACAACAUUUGGUCUCUAUGAAUUUAUUUCCUAUGGUAUUGGUAUUUCCUUGUGUCUUUUCAACUUGUGGGCUAAAUCCGAUGCUCAUCGUGUUUUGGGUGACUAUGCUUGGUAUUGGGGAGAUUUCUUCUUCUUGUUGGAUAAGAAUUUAGUUUUUGAUGGUAUUUUCCAAAUGUUCCCUCAUCCAAUGUACAGUGUUGGUUAUAGUUUCUAUUAUGGUGUUUCUAUCAUGUCUAGAUCUCACACAGUUUUAGUUGUUUCUUUCUGUGCUCACAUGUUGCAAUUGAUUUUCCUAGUAUUCGUUGAAAAUCCACACAUUGAAAAGAUUUACGGUGGAAUGAGUUCUGAAACCAAUCAAACUUCAGAACGUGAACCAAUCUUCUUCAAGAAUUUGGAACCAUUCAAGAAUCCUGAUGAUUUAUUCUUGGUUGUUAUUAUUUGUUAUGCCAUGUUUACAUCUUUGACAGCAUCAUUCACUACAGCUGUUGGUCAUGCUGUUUUGUGGAGAUUGAUUCAUCAUGUCGGAAUGGGAUAUAUUCUUUACGGUCAAGCUAAGAAUCAAGCAUUUACAAAGAGAUUCACAAAGUUAGGCGGUACAAGUCAACAAGCUUUCACAUUCUUUAAGAAGUUAUAUAAUUUCUCUCUCACUAUUAAUCACGUCAUUAUGGUUACACUCACUGCUAAGAUCUUUAUUACUACAUUCAUUUGGUCAGGUUUCGUUGCUGCUGAUGGUGCUUCUGAUUAUCACUUUGAAGGUUUCUCUCAAUUGUUGUCAUGGCAAUAUGCUACUCAAUUGGUUGCUGGUAUUAUCUUGAUUCUCCUCAACAUUUAUCAAUCUACUUCUACUCAUGAAGUUUUGGGAGAUCAUGGUUGGUUCUAUGGAGACUUUUUCUAUACUGAAACAAAUCAAAACAAACAGCCAUCAUAUACUGGUAUUUACAGAUACUUGAACAAUCCUGAAAUUGUUCUUGGUUAUUGUGCCUAUUUUGGUUUGGCUCUCAUUUCCAAGUCAUAUGCCGUAUUAGGAUUGGCCAUUUUGUCUCAAUUUGCCACAUAUCUUUUCGUCAAGUUUGUUGAAAAGCCACACAUGGACAAGAUUUACGGAGCUAAGAAUUUGAGAGAAAAGGGUGGUAUUGAAAUGGAAUUAUCUCGAGUUACUUCCCAUCCAAAGAUUGCUGCUUUGAAUGAACGACUUGAUGAAAACAUCUCUAAGGUCAAGAAACUUUUACUGAAACAAGACUAAACCGAGGAAAACAAACACUUUAAUUUAAUAAAUAAAAAAUUU